GAUGCUUUUGUCCUCUAUAUAUCACUGUUGGGCUGUGCUCGGUUGUCUCUUUAGCUGCUCUCUUAGAUCUGCCUCCCAGUCUAUCUUCCUCUUUCUUCUCCCGUGAGGAAAGAGGAAGGAGAGGUGGUGGAGGUUCCCCAUGAGUCUUCUGUGGGUUGCUGGUUUCCUUCUGUGGGUGAGAUGGGCUCAUGGGACUGAGUACUGGAAUACGAGUGAAGUGGCCUUUGCGAACAAUGGAGGUGGAGGCAGCAGUCCUCUGCUUGUGGGUCUGACUCUCAUACAGUCGGCUGCAGCUAAGCAUGCUGUGUGUUUGGAUGGGAGCUUACCCGGCUACCACUUACAUCGUGGCUAUGGAUCCGGAGCAAAUAGCUGGAUCGUCAAUCUAGAGGGAGGAGGCUGGUGCAAUGACAUCAAAUCAUGUGCUUUCCGAAAGACAGGUCACCAUGGUUCAUCUUACUACAUGGAGAAACAGAUACAAUUUUCUGGAAUACUCAGCAACAAGCCUGAAGAAAAUCCUGACUUCUAUAACUGGAACAGAGUCAAGAUUCGCUACUGUGAUGGUGGAUCAUUUUUGGGUGAAAGUUAUAACGAGGCUGCAGGCCUUUAUUUUAGAGGACAGCGUAUUUGGCUAGCUGCUAUGGAAGAACUACUGUCAAAUGGAAUGCGCGAUGCCAGUCAGGCCCUUCUUUCUGGAUGUUCUGCGGGUGGUCUAUCGACCAUAUUCCACUGUGAUAAUUUCCGAGCAUUAUUUUCAAGUAGUACCAACGUCAAGUGCUUUGCUGAUGCUGGCUUGUUCCUUGAUUCUGUCGAUGUCGCUGGUGGGCACACCAUGAGAUCCUUCUUCGGAGAUGUAGUAAGUUUGCAGGGUGCCGGGAGGUACUUGCCCAGGACUUGUACAGCACGCAUGGAUGCAACUUCGUGCUUCUUCCCACAGAAUGUGGUCGGCAAUAUUCAGACUCCACUUUUUCUGUUGAACACAGCAUAUGAUGUAUGGCAGUUACAGCAAAGCUUAGCCCCAAAAACAGCUGAUCCACAGGGUUAUUGGAAAGAAUGUAAAAUGAACCAUGCAAAUUGCAAUUCAUAUCAACUCCAGUUUUUGCAAGGGUUCAGAGAUCAAAUGCUUAAUGCAGUUAAAGAGUUCUCCAGUUCUGGUAAAAAUGGGUUAUAUAUAAAUUCAUGUUUCGCACAUUGCCAAAGUGAGAGACAGGACACAUGGUAUGCAAGUAAUUCCCCACUUAUUGGGAAUAAGAGAAUCGCUACAGCUGUUGGUGACUGGUUCUUCGAUCGGAGCCAAGUAGAUGAAGUAGACUGUGCAUACCCUUGUGACAGUACCUGUCAUCACAUUGUUUUCAGGGGAAGGGUCUAACAUUAUUUGUUCCAUAUCUAUUUUCUCUUCAUCAACCAAUUCUUACUCAUAUGGAGGUGAAAGAACAACAAUGCUAGAAGCUAGUGAUACAAAGAUGCGCAAGUAUCUCACUUGCCAUUAAAUCUGUGUCAAAACUCUGUAUUCCUUGAGACAGAUUAUUUAUCCAAUAGUAUUUAUGGAAAAAAAAACUAAAUUAAAUGAACUUGAAUGCUAUUAUUAAGAUGUCAGUUUA